AUGGGUGAUGAUGAGGUGGUGAAGUUACAUGGACACUGGGCGAGUCCCUUCAGUGCUAGGGUUUUAUGGGCACUCAAUCUCAAAGGCAUACCCUUUGAGUUCAUAACAGAAGACCUUCCCAACAAGAGUGAGUUGCUCUUACAGUACAACCCAGUUCACAAGAAGAUCCCAGUGCUCGUUCAUGGCGGAAAACCUAUCUGUGAAUCCAUGGUGAUCAUCGAGUACAUUGAAGACACAUGGCCUCACACCCCUACCUUGCUCCCUAAAGACCCUUACGACAGAGCCUUAGCUCGCUUUUGGGUUCAGUUUGCUGAACUUAAGGGCCCAUCAAUAUGGAUGGUAUUUCGAAGCUUGGGAGAAGAACAAGAGAAAGCAAAGAAAGAGAGUGUUGAAAUGCUGAGAAGAAUUGAAGAGUUAUGUAGUGAAAAGAUUAAAGGAGACAAUGAUGAUAACAAGUUCUUUGGUGGAGAAGAGAUUGGAAUUUUGGACAUAGCUUUUGGAGGUAUGAUUGUUGAGUGGUAUGAUGUAAUUGAAGAGAUUGUAGGUGUGAAGUUGUUUGAGCCCCAACAAUUCCCUCAUCUUCAUCAAUGGGUUAAACACUUCAAACAAGUCCCUGUUGUUAAACAAAACCUUCCUUCUCAUCAUGAUUUGUUGCUCUUUUUUAAGGCUAUUAGACAAAAUUUAAUCCCAUCUACUUAG